AUGUUAUAUCUAAAAUUACUAUUGUUGGCAACAUUCUCUACGGAACGGUUGAUACUAAGAUUAUCGGCAUUCGUUGAUGCAGCUGCAUGUAAAGGAUGUGUACCACCCUGUAUUUGUCCGGGACAAAAAGGAGAACGGGGUGUACCAGGUUUUAAAGGUGAAAGAGGUCAUCCUGGAGCACCUGGUGAAGAUGGCGGUGAAGGACAGGCUGGUGCAGCAGGAAUGCAAGGUGCUGAAGGAGAUUUUGGUGAUCCGGGUAUGAAGGGUGCUCGAGGUGAUCGAGGUUUGCCAGGCGCACCGGGCCAUGUUGGACUUCCCGGACUUGAUGGCUUACCUGGCAUGAAAGGUGAAAUGGGUGUACCAGGCUGCAAUGGUACGGAUGGGAGACCAGGAUUACCAGGCUUAGCGGGUCCUCCAGGCUUACGAGGUCCUCCUGGUGAACCAGGUCGAUCUGGAUAUCCUGGACCACCGGGUGAAGGAGGUAUCAAUUCAAUUGGUAGAAAGGGUGAACGAGGUGAUUCGGGUCGUGCUGGAUUACCUGGCACACCAGGUAUGCCAGGAUUACCUGGUCCAAAAGGUGCAAAAGGAGAUCCUGGACCGUAUGGACCACCAGGCUUUCCUGGUCCUCAAGGCCCAAAAGGACGCAUGGGAAUUCGAACACCGGGUAUGAAAGGUGAAAAAGGUUUAGCAGGACCACCAGGACUACCUGGACCACCAGGCACUUUUGCUGGUGCAUCUGCUCCAGAAGAAACGGAAGUGAUUCAAGGACCUGUUGGGCAAUUAGGUUUAAAAGGUGAAAAAGGACGAGUUGGUCCGGUUGGACCUCCUGGUUUUGCUGGAAGCGAUGGGGCGCAGGGGUUUUCUGGAAUCAAAGGACAAAAGGGAGAUCCUGGUGAUUUAGGAGCCAGAGGCAAACGAGGGAAAGAUGGACUUAUGGGUUUGAUCGGAGAAAAAGGUGAAACUGGCAUUCAAGGUGUACCAGGUCUCGAUGGUUAUUCUGGACAGAAAGGUGCUGCUGGUGAACUGGGUUAUGACGGUCGAAUUGGCCCGGAGGGUGAUCCCGGACCAGCGGGGGAGUUUGGUGUAGGCAGAGGAGAGCCAGGACCACGUGGCUUGCAGGGAUUUGAUGGAGUACCUGGAAAAAAAGGACAACCAGGUAUCCCAGGUGGAAUGGGCCCAGUCGGUGCUCGAGGGCCAAAUGGUGCUCCAGGUCUACAAGGACCUCCUGGUCUGAGUGGUGUACCUGGAUAUUCAGAGAAAGGUGAUCGUGGUGCGGAUGGAAAUCCAGGUUACGUGGGAGAUGCAGGACCGCCGGGCAUUCCCGGUGAUUGCGGAAUAAUGGGAGAGCCAGGUCUACCAGGUUUCGAUAUUCAAGGACCACCAGGAUUAGAAGGAAGGCCUGGACGCGAUGGUUUUACUGGAGUACCGGGUGACGUCGGUGAUCAUGGAUUGGCUGGUCUAAAAGGAUUUCCAGGAACUGGUGUUUCAAAAGUAGGCCCACCUGGUAUGCUCGGUUUAAUAGGACCGCCUGGAGAAAAUGGGCGAAUCGGCUUGGAUGGAAUACCCGGUCGUCCAGGAUAUGCUGGAGAAAAGGGUGAUGACUGCGGAUAUUGUGCACCGGGUGUGCCAGGACAAAAAGGUGACGCUGGUCUUCCGGGUCAGGAUGGAUAUCCAGGUCCUUUAGGUCCAAAUGGAAAUCAAGGUUUUCCUGGAAUAAAAGGUUUACCCGGAAAACCAGGACGUGUGGGUCCAGAUGGACAACAGGGCUCCGAAGGUCUACCGGGACUACCGGGCUUCCAAGGGAUAAAAGGUGAAGCAGGCGAAAUCCUUGGUGGUAUGGAGAAUCCUAGAGGAUUCCCCGGAAGCAAAGGAGAACGGGGGGAAUCAGGGAUUCCUGGUGAACGAGGACUGCCUGGAACUGAUGGACUACCCGGACCACCCGGUCCGGAUGGCACACCUGGUUUUCCAGGGGAAAAAGGAUUAGCUGGAAUUAAUGGAAAGCAUGGUCGUGAUGGAGCUCCCGGACUAUCUGGAGCAGUUGGAUUACCAGGUGAUUCAUAUCCAGGCCCACCUGGUAUAAACGGGAUAAAGGGCGAGCGAGGUAAUGAUGGUUUACCAGGUCUUCCUGGACCGAUGGGGCCACAAGGACCACCGUAUAGUGGUCUGAUAAGAGGUCUAGUUGGUCGUGAUGGGUACAAUGGAGCACCAGGACUCAAAGGAAUGCGUGGAGCUGAUGGUUUCCCUGGCCUACCAGGUGCGCCUGGUCUCGAUGGAUUACCAGGAAGAGUUGGUGAACCUGGGAUUAUUGGAUAUCCUGGAAAGCCAGGGCAAACUGGGGCGCCUGGACUUCCUGGUUUGUCGGGAGAUGAUGGUUAUCCGGGAGUUUCUGGCGGACGUGGAUUGCGGGGAGAAAACGGUCUUCCUGGCCUUGUUGGCCUACCGGGUUUACAUGGGGCGCCUGGUCUGGGCUUGGCUGGACAAAUUGGUUUUCCCGGAGCAAAAGGUGAAAGUGGUAGACCUGGUUAUCCAGGACAUGUUGGAAAGCUAGGACUACAAGGAAAACUAGGAGCUGUUGGUGCGAGAGGCGCGCAAGGUGAAAAUGGUUAUCCUGGGUUAGCUGGAAUCCCUGGAAUAAAAGGUGAACGCGGUUUACCAGGAAUACCAGGAAAAAUAGGACGUCCAGGACGACCCGGAGAAGCUGGCACUGCAGGAGUUCCAGGAUUAAGAGGGAAAAGUGGUAUCCCUGGCAGAAAUGGUUUUCCUGGAAUUAAAGGAGAAACAGGUCUAAUUGGUUUGCCAGGUUUACCUGGAGAAGUUGGAGCGCCUGGCAAACUAGGACCUCCCGGUGAAGAUGGUGCACCUGGUUAUCCAGGAAUGAAAGGAGAACGAAAUAUAGAUGGACUGCCAGGACAGCCAGGUUUUCCUGGUAUACCAGGAGACAAUGGACUUGAUGGAAUACCUGGAUUGAAGGGAGUUGAUGGAGAACCAGGUUUACUUGGUGCACCUGGAUUGGAAGGGCUUCCUGGUUUAUCAGGAGCUCCGGGUUAUGAUGGCCUGCCUGGUAUAAAAGGUAUGCGUGGUGAACCUGGACAAUUUGCGCAUCCAGGGCCGCAAGGCGACGUCGGUUUACCAGGACCACAAGGUCCUGUUGGUCUACCUGGAGAAAAUGGAAUACCGGGGACUAAAGGAGAACGUGGUUCAUUAGGAAAUAGUUAUCCCGGUUUACCAGGUUUAAAAGGCCUCCAAGGAGAGCUUGGUAAAGAUGGAAUUGAUGGAACUGACGGAUUUGCUGGUUUGCCAGGAAUGGUUGGAUAUCCAGGAGCUAAGGGUAAGCAAGGAGAUGCUGGAAGGAAUGGCGAACGUGGUUUUGAUGGACGACCAGGCAUACCUGGUAUUAAAGGUGAACGUGGAUUAUCGGGACUUCCGGGUACUCCUGGUCCUCAAGGCCCACUUGGAUUAGACGGUAUAAUGGGUCAAAAAGGUCAUGCUGGUCUUCCGGGUGAGCCUGGAUUCAGUGGUUCGAGGGGACAGCCAGGGAUGAACGGCAGGAAAGGAGAAGCUGGACAACCAGGAACUCCAGGAUCUGUUGGCGUAAUGGGACCAAACGGUGCACCAGGUGAAAUGGGCUUAUCCGGAUUACCAGGUAUGCCAGGUAAUGAGGGUAGCAUAGGUUUGCCAGGCAUACCAGGAAUCAAAGGCUUAUGUGGUGACACUGGUGCUUCAGGCUCUGCAGGUGUGGAUGGCUUACCUGGAAUUGCUGGUGCUCGAGGCAACGAUGGACCUCCUGGCUUGCCAGGAGCACCUGGAUUCGGUGUUCAAGGCCCUUCGGGUAAUACAGGUUAUCCUGGAAUUGAUGGCAAACCUGGUUUGCCAGGUUUGAAAGGCGAACGUGGUGAAGACGGCGGACCAGGUAUGGCUGGUAUACCAGGUAUACGUGGUUCUGAUGGUCUUCCAGGUUACGUUGGUGAAAAAGGCAUUCCUGGAAUUCCAGGCAAAAAUGGUCGUGAUGGGGCUCGUGGAUUACCUGGUCCAGCAGGAAUGGAUGGCUAUCCAGGAGCAAAAGGUGAAAGAGGUUUUUCCGGCCUGCCAGGAAUACCAGGAAAAGAUGGACUUCCUGGACAUGUGGGAGAACGAGGUAUACCGGGUGUUUCAGGUGCACCAGGUUAUCCCGGUAAUUUAGGGCUGCCAGGACUACCCGGCAUUCCAGGACAGAAAGGAAUACAUGGUGAAAUAGGAUUGCCAGGCAUACCAGGUUUGCAGGGACCGGUAGGACCAACGGGAAGACCUGGUCCUCCUGGUAGGCCUGCUGUUUAUAACCAAUAUUUGCAUUCACCCAAGGGUGAGCAAGGUCUUGCUGGGAUGCCUGGACAAAAAGGACAUCCCGGAGAAACUGGAAGUCCAGGCAUGCAAGGACCACCAGGACCAGCAGGAUUUCCGGGUCUACCUGGCCCACCAGGUAAUCCUGGACUUUCCGGCAUACCGGGCAUCAAAGGUGAGACGGGACCGGGCGGAUUACCAGGAUUAGCGGGGCGUAUCGGAAAAGCGGGACCGCCUGGACUACCCGGAUUUCCAGGACCACCAGGUGGUUGGGCACCAUCACGUGGUUUCACUUUCGCAAAGCAUUCGCAGACAACUGAAAUACCACAAUGUCCGGCUGGAUCGCAAAUGUUAUGGAACGGUUAUUCAUUGCUAUACGUACAAGGAAAUGGACGUGCUAGUGGUCAGGAUCUUGGUCAGCCUGGAUCAUGUUUGUCGAAAUUCAGCCCAAUGCCAUUCAUGUUCUGUAAUUUGAACAGUGUUUGUCAUGUUUCUAGCCGAAACGAUUACUCCUUCUGGCUCUCCACCGCAGAACCAAUGACACAAAUGAUGAAUCCGGUAUCCGGAACAGCUAUAAGGCCAUAUAUAUCACGUUGUGCGGUUUGUGAAGCACCAACACAAAUCCUAGCGGUACAUUCGCAAGACUCCUAUGUACCACAAUGUCCACACGGAUGGUCACCACUAUAUUCCGGUUAUUCAUUUGUCAUGCAUACCGCUGCUGGUGCUGAAGGGACUGGACAGAACUUGGAAUCACCAGGAAGUUGUUUGGAAGAAUUCCGCGCAGUGCCAUUUAUCGAAUGUCAUGGCCGAGGAACAUGUAAUCAUUAUGCAACUAAUCAUGGCUUCUGGUUAGCUAUCAUUGAUAAGAAUAAACAAUGGCGAAAGCCAAUGUCACAGACACUUAAAGCGGGUGGUUUAAAAGACCGCGUGAGUAGAUGUCAAGUGUGUCUCAAAAACAAGUGGUAA